AUGUCAAACGACAACGAUUACAUGGCUUUCCUGAACAAGGCCAACCAAGACACCGGCGCUGAUGCCGCGACUCAGGAAAAGGCUACCUUCAAGACCAAGGACCAGGGCGCUCAAGUCCCCAAACCUAUCAGUGACGUGUGCAAGAACGCCGUAUACACAUCCGAUGCAGACGAGCCCUUCCAAGAGGUUUCUCUCAAGUGGGAGGGCAAGAAUGGCCUCCCCAGCGAGUCCGAGUUCGCCAACCUCAUCAACCACUCCUCCCCCGACUCAGCGGACAUCAAGAUCCUUGAUCCUCUCAACUGGGACUCUCACGGCAGAUACACCGACGUCAUCGAGGCUGUUCGAGAAGCCUCGCAGGGUAAUGAUGUUCGUGUAUAUCAAGUGACGAGAGAUGCUACGAGGACCGAGUAUUGGGUGGUUUCGCACGCCGACGGCAAGCUGAUUGGUGCCAAGGCACUCUCUGUUGAGAGCUGA